AUGCCUAUUUCUGCAGAAGAGACGUCUAAUCAAACAUCCAUCAUCUAUAAACAAGCACCGAUGCUUAAAGAAAUGCUGGUUUAUUUCUUUAUAAACACCCCCUUAAACGCCUUGUACAAGGCCUCACACGACCAAAGAGCUAAUCGGGCGAUCGAGUUGCAAACAGGAAGAAGGAAAGAAACCAACCACAGCGAAUCCCCUCGUUCCCUCGUUCCCUCCUUUGCUCCUCCCCUUAAACCCUCCCUUGCCAACUACCAAGGCCGCGCUCCGCUCACCAGGCCGCCAAUGGAAGACGCGACGAAGCGGAGGCACCAGCCGGGCGCUCUCCCCGCGCGCCGCAAGGUCGUGGAGGGGCCCUUCGACCCGCCGCCGCCUCCACCCGCGGCCGCCGCGGCAGCGACGGUGGUCUCACCGGCCCACCUCGUCGGCGCCAUCGUCGAGAAGGGCUUCUCCGCCGCCGCGCCCUCCUCCGCCCCGCGCCCCACCGUCCUCCCCUUCCCCGUCGCCCGCCACCGCUCCCAUGGCCCCCACUGGAAACCGGUGGCGAAGGGUGCCGACAAGAAGAAAGGGGAGGAGGAGGACUACGGGAUGGAUGUGGACGACAUGGACUACCAGCCCGCGGCUGCGGUGGCCGGGCCUGUGAGGAGGAAAGAGAAGAAGGGCAUGGAUUUCAGCAGGUGGCGAGAGUUCGUCGCUGACGAUGUGCCCCCCAAGCGGAGGCAGGCGAAGGAAGACAACACAAAGAAAAUUGAUCAUGUGGCUGAGGUUAAAAAUGUAGUUGGUCAGGUGGGGGAGAGGGGAUUGGGGGGAGAUGGCAUGGAGCUGGACAGUGGAAAUGGUAGGGAAGCAUUGGGCCCGACGGGUUUGGUUUCUGACGUGUUGUCAAAGAAGCUGAUUAAUGCAGAGAAUGGAUUGACGAAAGGUGGGGCUGGGGUUGCUGAAUUGCAAGGAGAGGGUAUGCAGCUCGAUGAUGGGGAGCCAUCGAUUUCAGCAGAGAUUAACGCAGAGAACACAGCGAGGCUGGCAGGGAUGUCGGCAGAGGAGAUAGCGGAGGCACAGGCAGAUAUUUUGAAUAGGAUGGAUCCAGCUCUGGUGGAGGUAUUGAGGCGUCGGGGGAGGGAGAAGUCUGGUGGCAAGAAAGAUGAGGGUAAGGAUAAGAGUAGGCAAACUUCAGGGCCAAGGAAGACUGCAAAGGCUAUUCCAGGCGAGCAUUUGACUGCUGGUGAGCAGAGUGCACACUCUUGGAAGGCAUGGAGUGAGAGAGUGGAGCGGAUCAGGUUGUGUAGGUUUGCAUUAGAUGGAGAUAUUCUGGGAUUUCAAUCUUGUCAGGAGCAACCAGAUGGCAAGAAGACCCAUGGAGAAAGCGUAGCUGAGCGUGACUUCCUACGAACAGAGGGAGAUCCUGCAGCUGUUGGUUACACAAUCAAUGAGGCGUUGGCACUUACCAGGAGCAUGGUUCCUGGGCAGCGUGUACUAGGACUGCAGCUUCUUGCUUCUGUUCUGAAUAGGGCAUUGCACAACCUGCAUAAGAUGGAUCUAGCUGAUAAUGUGGAAGGAGCUAAUUAUGCUGAGAAAGCUUAUGAUUGGCAAGCAGUUUGGGCCUAUGCCCUUGGCCCCGAACCAGAGUUGGUUCUUUCUCUAAGGAUGGCAUUGGAUGAUAACCAUGAGUCUGUAGUUUUGACUUGCGCUAAAGUUAUUAAUGUUAUGUUGAGCUAUGACAUGAAUGAGUCAUAUUUUGAGUUUUCAGAGAAAUUAAUAAAUAAGAUGGAAGAUAUCUGCACAGCUCCUGUUUUUCGUAGCAAACCUGACGUGGAUGGAGGUUUUCUUGAAGGGGGUUUUUGGAAAUACAACACAAAACCAUCCAAUAUACUUCCACACUAUGGUGAAGAUGAUGAAGAAGAAAGUGACGAGAAACACACCAUUCAAGAUGAUGUUAUUGUGUCUGGACAGGAUGUUGCUGCUGGUCUUAUUAGAAUGGGAAUUCUACCACGUAUUUGCUCCCUUUUGGAGAUGGACCCGCCUCAAAUUCAAAAAGAUUAUCUCGUUUCAAUUCUUGUGGCAUUAGCCAGACACUCUCCACAAUCUGCUGAUGCCAUCUUGAAUUGUACAAAGCUUGUUCAAUGUGUUGUUAAGCUGUUGGACAGGCAAGGAUCAAUGGAAAUUCACUCGUCAAUGAUCAGAGGGGUUACUUUGUUGAAGGUUUUAUCCAAAUACAACAGACAAACAUGCUUGAAUUUUGUGAACAAUGGAGUUUUUCAUCAGGCAAUGUGGCAGUGGUACUUACCGGCUUAUACCCUUAAGGAUUGGAUAAAACCUGGAAAGGAACAAUGCAAGUUGAGUUCAGCAAUGAUGGUCGAGCAGCUGCGGUUUUGGAGAACCUGUAUUUCUUAUGGAUUUUGCAUAUCACACUUCACAGAUUUCUUUCCUGUUCUAUGCCUGUGGCUCAGCCCUCCAGUGUUCCAGAAUCUAAGUGAACACAAUGUUCUUUCUGAGUUUAGUUCAAUUGCAAGAGAGUCGUUUCUUGUAUUAGGAGCUCUGGCACAAAGGCUGCCUCUUCUUCAUUCAGUGGAGCAGUUUGGCAAGCAAGACAUGGGAGUUCCUGGCAGUUAUGGUGAGAUGUGGUCUUGGAGUCAUGUAGUUCCAAUGGUAAAUUCGGCGCUGUCUUGGUUACAUCUAAAUGAUAUUCCCUACUUGUGUUCACUGAUCAAUGGGCAGAAUGAGAAUACAACACAUACACCGGAGCAAAGCUGCUUGGUUUUGUUGAUUUCUUCUGUACUAGGCAUGCUUAAUUCGACAUUGGAAAGAAUAUCACCAGAGGGCACUCCUGAUAGUAGAAGUUACUGCUUGCCUUGGAUACCGGACUUUGUCCCCAAAAUUGGCCUGGGGAUAAUUACUAAUGGGUUUUUCAGCUUCUCGUGCACUGAAGUUGAGCAGCUGCCGUCCCGUGGUGUAUCGUUGGUGCAGGGACUUUGUCAUCUGAGAUGCUGGGGUGAUGUCGAUGCAUCACUAUCUUCCAUAAGUUGCCUUCAACGAUUAGUGCAGCUAUCCUGUUCUGUUGACAGAGUGAUCCAGAGAGCGACAAUAAACAGUUCUGAGCAUCUCAAAGAAUCUAAAGCAGGGCUAGCUGGCAAGAUAUUACAAGAAGGCAUUUCCAGUUUAUGGCAAAAUGACUUGUUGAACUUUCUUACUUCGCUGUUGCCAUUGAUUUCCUCACAGUGGCCUGUAUUAAAGAACAUAGAGAUGUUUGGUAGAGGAGGACUAGCUCCUGGUGUUGGGUUUGGCUGGGGGACGUGCGGGGGUGGGUUUUGGUCUCUGAAAUGCCUACUUACACAACUGGAUUCACAGUUGGUCCUAGAGUUGAUAAAAAUCGUCUCUGCUGCGCCAGAAGGCCUUGUUACCCUCAGUAAAGGUGCAAACUUGGAUAAUGUAACUAAUCCAUUCACCAACGCUUCAGAGAGAAUCAGUCCUGUCCUUGGUGUAUCUUUGAUUGCAGGACCUGGCCAGAUCUCUACCUUGGAGAGAGCCUUUGAUAUCCUCUUCCAACCUUCAGUUCUGAAAUGUCUCAGAUCUUCCAUACAUUGUCUGGCUUCUCAAAUGAAAUUACCAAAAACUUUUGAGUGGGACAUAACUGAGGAUGAGUAUCAGCAUUUUAGCAAUGUGCUAAAUUCACAUUUCAGAUCCAGAUGGUUGGCCAUCAAGAAGAAGAAUCCAGACAAACAUGCAAGAAAUAACAGUGCCAUAAAUAAGCCAAAAGUACCAGAAAUGUUAGAGACGAUUCAAGAGGAAAUGGAAUUAACAGAAGUUGUAAAUCCACCUUGCAGCACGUUAGUUCUAGAGUGGGCACACCAGAGACUGCCUCUUCCUGUGCAUUGGAUUCUAAGUUCAAUCUGCUGCACUGAUGACGCUGAUGUUUCAAGAGCUGGUCUUAUCUUUUUGUUGGGUCUGGAAGCUGUUUCAGCUGCUCCAUCUCUUGAUGUCCCUUUGGUUUGGAAAAUGCAUGCACUUUCUGCCUCUGUCCGCACUAACAUGGACUUGCUUCAAGAAGAUAGAAGCAAGGAUGUUUUUGAGGUUUUGCAAGAAUUGUAUGGCCAGCAUCUGGAUAUGUUAUGCCAGAAAUAUUAUAGAUCUCACUCUGCUAAUAAUGAUGAGGUUGUAGGAUCUGUGGCCACUGUUGAAGAAGUAAAAGUAAUUAACACUCACGAAAUUCUCAGAUUCAAGGAGAAAAUUCAUGAGAGCUACACUACUUUUGUCGAGAGUGUUGUAGAUCAAUUCGCAGCUGUCUCAUAUGGAGAUGUUAUUUUUGGUCGGCAAGUGGCCAUUUAUUUGCAUAGAUGUGUUGAGACUACGGUUCGGCUGGCAGCCUGGAAUGCAUUGUCUACUGCUUAUGUGCUUGAACUGUUGCCUCCCCUAGACAAAUGCAUUGGUGAUGUUAAAGGAUACUUGGAGCCUCUUGAGGGCGACGAAGGAAUCUUGGAGGCUUAUGCCAAAUCAUGGACAUCUGGUAUCCUGGACAAGGCUGCUCGGAGGGAUUCCAUGUCGUUCACACUAGCGAAGCAUCACUUGUCCGGUUUUGUUUUCCGGCGCAGUGCUUCCGUCAAAGUGCGCAACAAGAUGGUCAAGUCGCUCAUCCGGUGCUACUCCCAGAAGCAGCACCACGAGGCUAUGCUCCAGAGUCUGGUUCUGCAAGGCAUCCCACGGGAUUCGCAGUACGGCAGUGAAGUUGGACGGAGAAUUGAAAUCUUGAAGGAUGCAUGUGAGAUGAACUCUUCCCUCUUAGCUGAGGUUCAAAGGCUGAAGACAUCGAUCGAGGGAGCUAUUAGUUAG